AUGGCAUGUCGAUCUAGUAUUCAGCCUAUUAAGGAUGUUGGGAAAGUCAUACAAGUUUAUAAUUAUAAUAAACGCAUUCCCGCUUGGGGUUUUGGUGGGAAAGUAGAUGAUGAUGGCCCUGUAUCUCAUUGUUUCAACUUGAGUGGAAAUGCUCGUAGCAGCGAGGUUAAAGGAGUAGAAGGCCUAAAGGCUGCUUAUGAAAAUGCGGUGCAUACCGUCUCUCUUCAAGGACCAACUGUAUUUGGUCAAGUAAUCAACCAAGCUGCAAAAAUAGCUGCUCAAUCCCUCUCAACUAAUCCCACCAAGUACUUUGUGUUGCUAAUCAUAACGGAUGGAGUUCUUACCGAUCUUCAAGAGACUAAAGAUGCACUUGUUAGGGCCUCUGAUCUGCCCCUUUCAAUAUUAAUAGUUGGAGUGGGUGAUGCUGAUUUUAAACAAAUGAAGAUUUUGGAUGCUGACACGGGACCACCUUUGGAGAGCUCAACGGGAAGAAUAACCACUCGAGAUAUUGUUCAUUUUUUUCCCAUGCAUGAUGUACAUCGCAAGUAA